AUGGCACUACGCUUGCCUCCAAAAUACGUUUUCGCCUCGGUCCUUGUCGCCCUCGGUGGUUUCUCCAACGGCUAUGACACGGGCUCGAUUGGCGCGCUGCUUUCCAUGGCACAGUUCAGCCAAUCGAUAGGCCCACUGUCCCCGUUCCUGUUAGGGUUCACGGUCGCGCUCAUGAUGCUGGCGGGCGUCCUCCCAUCUCUUAUAGCCGGUCAUAUGGCGGAUCGAUCGGGUCGAUUGCGAAUAAUCUUGCUUGGUGCGGCGUUGUUUGCGGUCGGGUCACUUCUUCAGGGCAUGGCACCACGGCUGGCGCUCUUCAUGGCCGGCCGAGCACUAGCUGGGGCCGGUCAAGGCAUCUUUCUCGGACCCAUGAGCGUCUACAUAUGUGAGAUCGCCCCCUUUCGAUUCCGCGGCGCUCUCGCGGGACUACCGCAGUUUUUUGCCGUAACGGGCACUUGUGCUGGCUACUUCACCUGCUACGCUACCGUUGCUAUUCCUUCUAGUAUAGCCUGGCGACUACCGCUGCUUGCCCAAUGCGUGUUUGCCUCUUGUCUGGUCAUCAGCUGCCUUACUCUACCUGAGUCCCCCCGCUGGCUGAUCCUCCACGGCCGACGAACUGAGGCUCGACGCUCCUUGCAGCGUCUACAGUUUCCUCUGGACGAAGUCGAAAGCAGCUUCACUGCUACCGAGCACUUCUCCAAUCUGUCGCCCUGGCAGAGUUUCGUGUUGCUUUUCUCUCGAGCGUAUCGACCACGCACUGUGUUGGGACUAUUUGUCUUGGGAAUGGUACAGCUUUCGGGAAUAGACGGGGUUCUGUAUUACGCGCCCACCCUGUUCGCCCAGGCCGGCCUAUCUUCCUCGACCGCGUCAUUUCUAGCCUCCGGGGUAUCUGCGAUCCUUAUGCUGGCCGUCUCUAUUCCUGCCUUCCUGCUGGCAGAUCGCUGGGGUCGUCGUACAUCGGCCAUAACGGGAGGGCUUGUUCUCGCGACGUGCAUGCUCCUCAUCGGAGGUCUGUAUGCUGCUGGGGUGGUACAUCAGACCGGUGCGGCGCGGUGGGUGGUCAUCACAGCAGUUUAUGUGUUCGGACUAGCAUAUUCAGUCAGCUGGGCAAUUAUGAGCAAGAUCUACGCCAGCGAGAUCCAACCAGCCCAUGUGCGCGCGUCGGCCAAUUGCGUGGCACAAGCGUUGGCUUUUUUCACGAAUUGGUUGGUCGCUAUUAUCACUCCAAUUAUUCUGGAUAAAUCGCCCUUCGGCGUGUAUUUUCUAUUCGGUGGCUUGGCGCUAGGCACCGUCGCCUUCCUGGCGGCUUAUAUGCCCGAAACCCGCGGCCGCUCUCUGGAGGAAAUCCAGGUCGCGUUCCAACAGCCAAGUCUGCAACUGAGGGACCUGAAGCGAUAUGUGCGGGAGCUUGUCACCCUGCGGGCUCGCAGCAACAACUAGGCAUUGUGGACGCUCUGGGUGGAAACAAGAGUUGUCGGACACGCAUGAGAAAAAAUGGUCGUGGAGCCUUCAGGGUCCAUUGAGUCUGCCUCGUCCUAAAAUGUCACAGCAAAGCAUACGCUUGGCCAGAAAUGUCAGAGUGAGCCGGAUUUCGAAACGAUGGAUAAAUUUUUUUCAUUACUCUUUAGAUUAACUUUGAACUCUCUCGGUUAAUGUCAGAGUGAGGGGUCCAGUUUCUGCUGCAUCGCGGGUGAAUGUCGGAGAAAAUGAUGCAAUUACCGGGCGCAGGAGAUGCGUUGCUAGCUCGACCAUGCUGCAGCUGAGCUCAGGAUGACGAUGACCUUCACAAAGGCUAAGGGAUAUGAAGCGUAAAUCGUGAAUUCAAUGCAAUUUGGUGUAUUCAAGCCAAGCUCCGCAGAAUCUUUUCAGUCUUGCAAUUUUCAGGCUGCUCUCA